UUUAAUUUUCGUAUUCUAGUUAACUUUUGAUAAAUUAUCUUUUAUUUUAUUUUAUGAAAGGUGUCUUCGGAAAAGAUUAUGCUUUCGGCAUGAUGUACGGACACCUUUGACAGCUUAUGCCGACCUAAUUGAAUAGUCGAAGCAUUCGAUACAUUAAAAGAUCCAUUAAUUUGUUGAUUUCUCUACAUUUUCUUUUUAUCGUAGAUUUCUAUCUUUUCUAUAUAUGUACAUAUAUAUUUUUUUUUCUGUGCUGCCGCUACGAAAGCCAAAGUGCCCAUGUCGAACUCACUAAAGAAAUAAUUAAAUAAAAAUACAAUUAAAGAUAAAGCAUCAUUAUUUUCUCUCAUAAUUAUUUAUAUCUACCUCCACGGUGGAACAAUACUUACACCAGCCUUACCUUUGUUCUACGUGCAUGCACUUCACCUCUGUCAAAUCCCAAAAAACUCCACACUUUUGAAGGAAUCCUAAAACGUUUGCGGCAAUCCAUUGAGAUUUGCCCGAAUUCUUUCCGGAAAGUUUGUAAAUUACAAAAACCGUCGAAAUAUUCAGGAAAAUGUGGAAUCCAAAGAAAAAGUCGGAAGCCCUGGCAAAGUUUAAAUCAUUUCCUUAUCCUAAACCAGGCACCUCGAACUUACUAGAUUCUGGUUCUAAAAUAUAUACGAAAAGAUCGUUUCUGCAGAAAGUAGCAUUUUUCGUUAUUCUCGUGCUAUGCCUUGGGUUUUUGUUCAAGCACCAUUUAAAUUCACAGCCUCACCACAGUAAAGUGGUGAUGAUAGUCGCUGUUAAUGACGGUGGUGGUGUUAUGGAUGUGAAAAGGGCUGAUGAAUGGGAUUUAGAAAAGAUUUCCAAGAGAAAUAAAGAAGAUUAUGCGAAACGCCAUGGAUAUGACUUAAUUUUUAAGAGCGAAGGGAUGAAGCGACGCUAUGCUCAUGAAUGGCGAGAAUCUUGGGAAAAAGCAGACUAUAUAUCUGAAGCCAUGGAAAAGUAUCCUAACGCUGAAUGGUUUUGGUGGUUAGAUUUAACUACCUAUAUUAUGGAGCCUCAGUACUCUAUUGAGAAUCAUAUUAUUAAUCGUCUUCCAAAGAUAGCCGUUCGCAACAUUACUGAUCCCAUGGAGUUCAACCCUCGUAGUUACAAGCAAAUCCCUUUUGAGGAUUAUUCCGAUGAUAUUAGUCUUAUCAUGGGACAGGAUUGCAAUGGCUUUAGCCUUGGCUCUUUUAUUAUCCGUCGCAGCGAAUGGUCGAAGCGACUUAUAGACUUCCUAUGGGAUCCUGUAGUUUAUGGACAAAAACAUACUGAAUGGCCACAUGACGAACAGAACGUGCUUGAAUAUUUUUACGAGCAUAAUGCUUGGUUACGUAGUGGAAUUGCCUUUGUUCCUUUGCGGACUUUAAAUGCUUAUACUAAAGGCGCUUGUGAAGCCGACAGUAGCAAUCCUCGAUUUUUCUACAGUCAUAAGCAGAGGGACUUCUUGGUUAACUUGGCUGGUUGUAAUUAUGGCAGAAAUUGCAAGGAGGAAAUGAAACAGUACCAGUCCAUACAGGGAAGGCGAUCUGGUUUUUCAAAAUUACUUUCAUUCUUUUUUUAACCGAUCUAUGCAUUUGUUUUCUUGAGUCAUUCUUUUAAAAUCUCUUCUUUGCAUCCCUAAUUCGAUUUCUAUCUAUUUUACAGCUAUUUACAAUUUGCUAGACUAAUAUUCUUCUGAAAAAGUUAUAUGUAGGGAAGUUUUGGGUUCUGGAAAUGUACCCAUAUGUUUUGUGUUUUCUAAAAUAUAUAUAACAUAUAUGAGCUAAAUAUCAUUCUAGAAUAUGUGUUCAAUUACUAGUGGAAAGUCUAAAUUGCUUUAUUAUAUUCGUUGUGUUAAAGAUGAUGAUGACCUAGGGUAUUAUCCUGUCUUCAAAUGCAGAAAGACUUGACAUAAUACCUAAUAGUUUAUCAUUGUUAUUAGAAAUGAAACAUCUUUUUAUUUACUUUUCGU